CAGGUGGUCCACGCUUCAAGCGGCUCCCCGGGCUAUACAUAAUGUCUCCGGGAGACAGAUUUGACAUGGACCUUCUCGACAGGAAUGUCUCACUGACCUCUCAGCUUGCUCCCUUUUUGCACUGACCUGCUUUUCUUUUAGCAACCUGCGAUUGCCUGUGUGAUUUCCUAGGCAACAUUGGUAGACCUGCUGUACAGGACUCACUGACCACAUUCUCUUUUCCGCUACCACCUCGACGACCUGCUGGACAACGUCGAGUUGAAAGAGCUACUAAGCUUGAUACGAAAUACCAGUCCUUCAUUGACUUAAGAAAUUUGAUUUUCGCUCCAGGAAAUGGCGGUUGCACAGUUAGUCUAUCACUACGAGUCAAUCAUUCACCAGGAACCAUCCAUUAAACCUGUACCUAGAAGCCUUCGCAACCACACUUCAUCAUCAUCGCGAGUCCGGUUAUCCUUGCAGACCAUAUUCAGUCACAAUCCUCUACAUCGCUCACGGAAGAGCUCAAGCACAAUGAGCUGCUCGACAGCCGCUUCUUCCGUCAAGUCGUCCCCGAGUUCAUCCUUCAGCAGCUUCGGGAACAGGGUGCGGAUGCAAGCCCUUGAGAACCUGAACAAUACCAUCUCUCCCGUCCUCUCGACAUCGAGCCCUUCGAACUUCAUCCGUCGGCAGCCCUCAGCUAUUGACAUGGCGCUUGAGGAGGAAAAAUAUGCGGACCCAGUGGAGCUCAUUGGGUUGGGCUUGCUAGAGCCUAGACCUCGCGCAAACACCAAUGCUUCCACGCCGUCCUCUCAGUGCUCAAUGAUGGAAUUCAUGAGCGAGAGCAUGCAGGGCCCGGUUGUUCUUGACGGCAUCUUUGAAGUCAUGGAACGUGCAUAAAGACACAACCAGCAAAGGUGUGACGACGGGUGGGCUUUUGUUUACGGUCGCCGACCGCCUGUUGUCGACGACCUGUGGAUGGAACAGGCAAUGAAAUUUAUGAAGAUAUGUGAAAUGUAAGAGUAGGAUAUUCGAUUCUGGACAGAGGCUUUAGGGCUAUGGACUUUGCAUAGGACGGUUUGGCAGGGAUGGGUUAGAUACUUGAUACCAGAUUUUAAUAGCUGCGAAGGAGGAAUGGAAUUCGAUAGACCCAGAACCAGCAACUGCCCUGGUAUUGACGUGACAAGUCAGAAGCGUGGACAUGGCAUCCUUCUCCGCAUACUCCCCUGUGACAAUCCUGCAUGUACAUACGGGAUCUGCGUCAGAUAUGCAACGCCAGCAUUGGGAGCAGAAGAGCGGGUAAGUUUCCUGGACGUCUCUCAACAUUGCAAUGGCCAAUUUGAUGACCGCAUAUUGCUGCCUUUGGAGGGAGAGACACUGUCAUAGGAUGGUCGCUGGUGGUCGACUGUUUACGGACGUAGGAUGGUGACGGAUGAAAUGCACCAUGGCGUACACGGGCGUACUCCGUUAAAGCGCCCAGACAUUUCGACAAUUACUACUGACCUCGGUCGACAUGA